CACGUCCCUAUUGAAGCUUCAGUCCCUGUAUCACUUUCCUACCGCCUACAUCCUAGUAAUUCGGCAACAAUGGGCAUGUCGCUCUCUCCCCCCGAACCAACGGUCCAACUACCCUGAACUAGAUCUUGAUCAUUCGGGCUCUGCUUUCCCCCUUCUGCCCUGAUUAGGAAUUCCAAAUCUAGCACACGUCGUCGCGUAGGACACAAACGGCCCAAACCACCCCAAUAGUGUGUGAAAUGAGACAAUAUAUUCAACAAAAUUCGACAAGAUGCCACGCAUCUCGAACCUCACCCUCUCACCCUGGCCUCGGGCUGCCACCGAGUCUCCCCGAGAUUCUCAAGGACAUUGGUGGCGUUGGCAUGUGGAACUCACCCGCCAAAAUGGUCGACCUAGCAUAUAACUCCCGCUUUUCGCCUCCCUCUCCCCCCCCCCUCAUUCGCGCUUUCCUUCUCCACAUCCCUGGUACCAAAGGCUUUUUGGUCCCCAUUUAUCAGGAUCUAAGGACACUAACGAUCGGACUAAGAGGACUAACUAAACAGACUAAAAGGACGCCCUAGUCUCCCUGUCUAGCUGCCGGUCGAGACUUGCCAUCAUCAUAUUUCCAACCAAAGGGUUUGGUUACUUGAAUAACAAUAUACUAUCAGAUCCAAACUCAGGAUUCUUCAUUUUCAUUAUCACCAUCUCCCUUAUAUUAGAAACGCAAGAUACCAGCGCCAGUUAUCAUCUUUACCCGCAACUGGCAGUAUCAAACUUUCUAUACUCUCUACACCGGCUAGUCUGCCUAGUCCAUCUCUUAAAUGCGCUACCACAACCCCGAACGGUCGCCACCCUUCAACGUCACUCACGCCACUAUUGCGUCCCCGAACUACAACUAUCUCCCUCCUUCCCCCGCACAUUCUUUGAACUGCACUGUCGACGACUUGCCCAUUAACGACAGAAUGACCAAUGCGAACACACGGCCUAAUGGCCGGCCCUCGACUGAGAGCGAGGAUGAGCACUGGCAAGCGAGAGAUCAACCGCGCGGAUCUCGGUCUCGGCAACCAUCUAAUGCCCAUACCCAGGUCAGGCAUCGCGCCUCUCGCGCAGGCACCCGCUCAGUCAACCGCCUCUCCGCUGCCCAGCUCUCGCGCAAGCGUGCUAAUGAUCGCGAGGCGCAGCGUGCCAUCAGGCAGCGCACCAAGGACCAGAUUGAGACUUUGCAGCAACAGGUGAAGCAGCUUACGGACCCGGAGAAGGAGAGGCGCACAUGGAAUGUUCACUUGCGCAACCGCCAGCUUGAGGAUGAAGUCGCAACUCUGCAUGAACGCAUCAACGCCAUGGAGAUGAGGAACACAGGCGCCAUGGACGCUGGCGCUCCGCUCGGCGACCCCAUGGGUGGCCCCAAUCGUGACCUGCGCCCCCAUGACCUUAACAUGCAGUGGCCUGGUAUGGACAUGGCAUAUGGCGGAGCCCACGGCUUGCCUCCCGGCUUUGACGGCGCAGGCAUGGUACUCUCGCGCGCGGAUACGCCAGCUGGGGUGAGUGAUAUGGCGACGUACGCGCCGUCUGAUGGGCUAAUCUCACCCUUUCCCCAGACGGAAUCUCCGGCAGCCAGCUUCACGGAUAUGGACCCCGCAUCCAGGAUCGACUUUGUCGGUGGUGCUGGCGGCGGCGGCGGCGACAACCUGGGCAUUGGGAGCGACCUGGCUUCGCCGCAAUCAUGGACGACGGUCACAUCACCUUUUGACCUCGAGGACGAAUCUAUCUUCUCCUCGCCGCCCUCGGCAUAUAUGUCUCCCUCCGGCAUGCCAUUCGCUUUCCAGGGCCAACCUGGCCAGACAGGACAACAGAUGGCGCCGACAAGCGCGCCAAGUAAUAUUACAAGCAGAACUACUUAUAAUCUAGGGACCGCCCCCUCGGCUCCACAACAACAGCAGCAACAGCACGCACAACCACCCCUCCAAAGCCCACAACCACUUCAACCCGCGCCUCCGCAGCAAAUGCUCCAACCUACGCCCCAACGGCCACACUCUCAUGUCCCCCUCCGCCCAUCACCCCACCAACAACCUCCACCCUGGACUCUCAUUCCCCGCCUCCUUACCCCCACAACCCCUCUCGACGCACUCCUCCACCACGCCCUAACCGCCCACCGCGCCUGUCUCUCCGCCGCCUCCACUGAUCCCCCGAAGCCAAUCUACACAGACCUAUACCCCUCGCCACCCGCGCACCCACCUCUACCACCCCUAUCUGCCGCACUCACCCGGGCCGUCCACGCUGCCGGAUUACGCACACCAGCCACCAGUGCAGCGGUGCUGUCAAUCGCGCACUCCGUCGCGAGAUGGAUGGCGCGGCCUACAGAAGGCACGUAUGCGGGUGUACCUGCGUGGAUGCGUCCCAGUCCCAGCGAACUAGGGGGGCUGCCGGCGUGGGCGGCGAUGAUGGUGCCGUUUGCUAGGGUGAGGGAAAGUGCUGCGGCUGGGGGUGAAGGGUUGUUGAGGGACUGGCUUACUGGUGUGGAGUUUGAGUGGGUUGGGGAGGUGUGGGAUGGGAAGGGCGGUGUGGUGGAGGGGUUUGAGAAUGCGGUUAAAGAUAUUGGACGGUGGAAGGUUGGGGGACGGGUGGGGGAGAUGCUUAAAGAGAGUGGUGGGGAUGUGAAGCGGGAAUUUCUUUUUUAAGGGCUAGCGCUAUGGGAGCCGGUGUGAUUGCGUGUUUGUUUUUGGUGGUUUUGUGCGGUGCACGCGAGGAAGGACCUGGUUUUAUGGGUUUAUGGGCGGCUUUGUUUUAUGCGAUUACGAUGAAUAUGAGGAAUGGGAUGGGAUAUCGGGGGCAUAAACGGGCCAACAAAAGGAUACUGGGGGAAAUAGGAUGGGGGUGUAAAGGGCAUACGUACACAUACAUGGUACAGCAUAUAUAACACGGGCUUUAUAUCGGGGUUAGCGAAAGGACGGGGAGGAGGCUAUGAGCUUUUAUCACAUUAUAUUAUUUAUUUAAUCCUUCUUGAAAUCACCCGAAGGAGCAUUAUAGAAUAUUGAUGGUAUUUGGAAUAAACCGGGCCUAGCACUUGAUAGAUUACUAGACAGGGCUGCGCGCGCUUGGCUGUGUGGCAAUGAUCUGCGCCGGCUGCAUUCUGCUCCAUUUUAUCUUAAAAGGGAC